AUGAGCAAUAUCAUCUUCCAAUCGAAGGUAUCGACCGAGAAAAGGAUCAAUAAUGAAAGCCCCAAGAAGAGGAAGAAGCCUCUUCGUUCCAGUCCACGUGCUGACAUUCUCGGCGGCGGUGGCCGUCGAUUACCCCAAGGGACCGGCCACAUGAUUGUUUCAAUUAUUGUUCUUGGGUCCUUCGAAACCAGCCUAACUAUUGAAGAACAAUCUCUAAAAGUUCAAAGAAGAGAUCUUUUGUUACACACUGUAUUCGGCGCUUUGUCUGUACCUGCUAUGGUUCCAUUUGCAUAUGCGGAGGAAGAGGGUUUCCAAAUUUACUCCGAUGAUGUGAACAAAUUCAAGAUAACGAUUCCUCAAGAUUGGCAAAUAGGAGGAGGAGAAGGCAACGACUUCAAGUCUGUUACUGCAUUCUACCCUUCAGAAGCUUCUAAUUCAAAUGUGAGUGUAGUGAUCACUGGGCUUGGUGCUGAUUUUACCAAGUUGGAAUCUUUUGGCAAGGUCGAUGGUUUUGCAGAGAACUUGGUUAGCGGAUUAGACAGAAGUUGGCAGAAACCCCCUGGUGUUUCAGCUAAACUCAUCGAUAGCAAAGCCACUAAAGGAAUGUAUUACAUAGAAUACAUACUUCAGAAUCCAGGGGAAAGUGCAAGACAUUUGAUUUCUGUUCUUGGAAUAGCGAAUAAUGAAGCUGAUGCUUGA